GGCUCUAGGAGCAUAUGCUCAAAUGGAAUGAUUGAAACACACAUGUAUUGUUAAAAAUGUAUUUUACAAAUGUAUUAUUUAAAAAAAAAUAGAUGUAUUCGUUGUCACACUUAAAUGGCACAUGCAAAUUUACAUUCUUGAUGGCUUACUAUAUCUCUCCCGUAAAAAGAAAGAAAGAAAGAAAGAAAGAUGGCUUGGGCUUGCUACAUCUGGUUUUGUUUGGGAUCGAAGUAGUUGCUGUAUUUUGAUUUGAUCCUUAACGCUGCUCAUUGCCCAAUGCCCAUGCACGUCGCGACUCUUUCAAACCGAGCCCACCCACCUGAAAAGAGCAGUACCGGGCGUCAGCGCGCCGGUCUGAACGCUCGCGCCGGUCACAGCACAGCCGUGAGAUUGGGGGUCCUUUGACCGUUAGAUCUCGUCUCGUCCUCAACUUCGAGCCAUGAACGCGAGCGUCUCGCUGAUCUCGUCCAACGCGCGGCAGCGCUCCCCACCCCUCCCCUCCCCCCUACCCCCUGGUGGUUGAGGGGUUCUUCUCCCGUCGUCCCAUCUUGCCGGACGUCCUUGCCGCCGGUCGCCGUUCUUGCAGAGCCAACAAAUGCAAGCACCUUGCAGGCCAUCCUUGUCCGUGGUUGUAGCAUUUUUCAUCAACGGUUGUAGCAUUUCAUCAAGGCAAUGACCGUUUGCAACUUUUUAUAUGUCUAGUUGCAGCUUUUUUCAGCAACAGUUGUAGCAUUCCGUCAUGGUGAUGACCGCUUGCAGCUUUUUAUAUAUUUGAUUGCAGCUUUUUCAUCUGGGUUUGAAGCUGUUUUAGAAAACCGUUGAAGCAAUUUUGGAUGACGCUUAUACGCACGGCCCGGUCAUGGCGGCAGGGGACGAGGAUGAGGUCGGAGACUGGAUCCGGCGAUGCGAGCAACCGACGGGGGUGGGAACGUCGAUGGGGGCAGGGACCGGCGAUGUCGACGGCAGCAGCGCAGGGGCGCACAGAUGAUGGACCUCUGCCAUGAUGGACCUCUGCCAUGCGCCUCACCACGGUGAGCCGCCCAGGAUGAGAAAAGAUCGCACGGACCGCGUGAGCCGCCCAGGAUGAGAAAAGAUCGCACGGACCGCACGCGUCGGGAAACGUUCGGCCCGCACACGGACGGAAAACGUUCUCUCAUUGAUACACGUCCACCUCUCAAAUCACCAACCUAAACUUGGCACAAGCAGCGUCACCACCACCCUCUCCGUCCCUCCCAUCUCUCUCUCUCUCCCUUGUCUCCGCGCGCGCGAACCACGGUGCUAUGCCACGCGCAUCGGGCACGGCCAAGAACUCGACGUCGAGAUGAGGGGCGCCGACGGCGAAAAGGAGGCAUUCUUCCACUGCCUGGACCGCGUGCCGUCCGGCAUCCACAUCGACACCGACCACCCCUCCGACGACGACGAUGACGAGGACGAGGAAGAGGCCCGUGGCUCCUUCUCCUCCGCCAUGGGCGACCGCAACUUCCAGAGCUUCCGCCGGGCCCAGGCGGGCAUGCUGGUGGAGGACGAGGACCAGGAGCCGGAGCCGGAGAUGGAGGACGCGUCCAAGUACGACAUGUGGAUGUCCGACGAGCCCAUGUCCAUCCAGGAGCGCCGCCGCCGCCUGCACCAGGGCCUGGGGAUGGUCAGCAGCCGGGACCUCGCACUGCGCCGCCACAGCACCAAGAAGCGCUUCGUCGACGUGCCACGGAGCGUGUCCAGGAGGAUGCAGCAGAUGCCACCGUCGUUGCCCGUCGCCAGCACCCCGACUCCGAGCGUUGCCGCGCCGCCGUCGGGGCUGGCCGCCGCGCGCGACAUGCUCAAACAGCGGCCGGCCAAGCCUAUCACGAGACGCCGGUCGGACGGCUUCCUCGCCGUGCGAGAUGGCUCCGGAAAGGGGCCGACUCCUCUGCGUCGUGCUCGCUCCUUGCUCAGCCCGCAUGACCCCUGCAGCAGCUCACUCAUCGAUAAGUUUAAAGCGACACGUGAUAUGCCCAUGCCCGCCGUGGCCAUGCCGGCGCCCGCGGAUAAAGGCACCAAAUGCGACGAGGAGGAUGACGGCGGCCAGACCAAGAAACAGGACAAGAGCAAGGAGGGCGCCGUCAUGGCUGCUGCGCCCAAGGACCAGAACCAGACCGGCGUGCAGCUGGGUCUGGAGGAGAUCGAGAAGUUCAUUGGCAACACCCCCAUCAUGAAGCACCUAAUGCGCCGCGGCCCGAGCCAGCACCACAGCCAGCCAAUGCCGCCGGCUGCAGCCGCGGCAGCUGCACCGCCCAAGGGCGACAAGUCGGCGGCCAAGAAGAAGGGCGGAUGGUUCAAGAACAUCAAGUCAGUCGCCACCACCAUCGGCUUCAUCCAAGACAAUGGUAAGCCGGUCCCAGCCCCCAUGGCCACAGGCGCAGCCCCCAGUCCGGGCCCCGCCAGUGCAACCGUUCCAUCUUCCUCCUCCUCCUCCUCGACGUCCACGGAGAAGCUCAAGGUUCAAAAUUAUGGCAAGUCGAGCAAGGAGCUUACUGGAUUGUACAUGUCCCAGGAGAUCCAGGCGCACGAGGGGUCCAUAUGGAGCAUCAAGUUCAGCGCGGACGGGCGGCGGCUGGCGAGCGCCGGCGAGGACUGCCUGGUGCGCGUGUGGGAGGUGGUGGAGACCAGCGCGCCGCCGAGCUCCGUGCCGCAGGACGGGUCCCUGCCCCCUCUGCCCGGCGGCUCGGACGGAUCGUCGUCGCAGGCGCCGGGGCUGUCCAAGAAGUCCACGACCAAGGGCGGCAAAACCGUGCUCCCGGAGCACCUCGUGGUCCCCGACAAGGUGUUCGCGCUGGCCGAGCAGGCGCUGUGCGUCCUGGAGGGCCACGAGGACGACGUGCUGGACCUCACCUGGUCCAAGUCCGAUCAGUUGCUGUCGUCGUCCAUGGACAAGACGGUGCGGCUGUGGGACACGGCGAGCAAGGCCUGCCUGAAGAAGUUCUCGCACAGCGACUACGUGACGAGCAUCCAGUUCAACCCGGUGGAUGACCGAUACUUCAUCAGCGGCUCGCUGGACGCCAAGGUGCGCCUGUGGAGCAUCCCCAACCGCCAGGUCGUCGACUGGACCGACGUCAACGAGAUGGUCACCGCCACUUCCUAUUCCCCCGACGGCCAGGGCGCCAUCAUCGGCUCGCACCAAGGGAGCUGCCGGUUCUACAAGACAGCAGACUGCAAGCUCAGCCCGGAGGCGCAGAUCGACGUCCAGAGCAAGAAGCGCAAGUCGCAGGCCAAGAAGAUCACCGGAUUCCAGUUUGCCCCGGGGAACCCGUCGGAAGUGCUGGUCACCUCCGCCGACUCGCAGAUCCGCGUCUUCGACGGCGUCACCAUGGUCCAGAAGUUCAGAGGAUUCAAGAACACGAGCAGCCAGAUCGCGGCGGCCUACACCUCCGACGGGCGGUACGUGGUGUGCGCGAGCGAGGAUUCGCACGUCUACAUCUGGAGGACCACCCGGAGCGCGCCCGCCGCGGCGGCCAUCGGCAUCGGCAUGAAGCCCAAGACGUGGUGCACCAUCCGCUCCUACGAGAACUUCUACUGCAAGGACGUCUCCGCCGCCAUCCCGUGGACCCACUCGCCGUCCCUGCCAGGCAGCCCGCAGUCACACCAUGGCGUCGUGUCGUGCAACGACGAGGUGUGCAGCAUGGCCAGCCACGCCGCCAAGCCGGACGUGAGCAAGAGCGGCGAGCUGAGCAGGGUGAGCAAGAGCGGCGAGCUGAGCAGCCCCGCCGCGCCGUCGCCAUCGCCGCACUCGGGCCCGCUAGACACGCGGCACGCCAGCAAGAGCGGAGCCAACGCCUCGGACACCGGCAACGCGUGGGGCUUGGUGGUAGUCACGGCCACCUUGAGCGGCGAGAUAAGGGUGUACCAGAACUUCGGGAUGCCCUUCAGGAUCAAAGGCCAGGGCAAUCUGUUUUACUGAUCCGCCCAGCCUAAUCCUUGCAAAUUUAAUUAGCAAAUGCUAUGUGGACGUAACAUGACCUGGGGACUCGUUUUCACCACCUUGUGUGCGACUCGUUUCAGCUAGAUUAUCUAUAAGUCCGAGUUUAAGUGUAA